AUGUUAGUCCUCUCACUGAAAUCCCGCCUGACUCAGGCCCUAACACAGACCUCCUUCCGGUCUCCGGCAGCCCCAUCUGCCACCGUAUUCUCCCUCCUCUCCUCGCCCUUCUCCUCCAAGCAGCGGAGCAAAGGCGAAGACGGAGACACUCCCGAUGCCGUUUCGCUCUUCAACAGGGACCCGGACAGCCCUCCUCGCCUGUUCGUCGUCCAGCCCCGUCUGCGCCCUGAUACUUUCCUCCAAGCCAAGCUCAAUGAAGCCCUUUGCCUCGCCAAUUCCCUGGAGGAGCAGCGUGAAGGCUACUUCAGAACUGAUUUCUUCGAUAAAGAACUCCCUCCCCAUGUGAUCGUCCAGAACCCAAUUCUCAGAUCCUCCAGCGCUCAUGCAGAUACUUAUUUUGGGUCUGGAACGGUUAAAGAUAUUAAGAUUCAUCUAAAUGCUUCUGAGACUAAGGGGGACGAAGUGGAUGCCGUAUUUGUGAACUCUAUUUUAAGUGGAGUACAACAAAGGAAUUUGGAGCGUGCUUGGGAGAAGCCUGUGCUAGACCGUGUUGGUCUUAUCAUAGAGAUUUUUAACGCUCACGCCCAUACAAGGGAGGCAAAGCUACAGGCUGAAUUAGCAGCUCUUAUGUACAUGAAAAGUAGGCUAGUUCGUACGAGAAGUGCCGAUGGUCGCUUUACGUUUGGAGCAAGUGGAGAAGCUGAGGUUGUUAGCGCUCGAGGGAGAGGAAGUGGAGGACAAGGCUUUAUGAGUGGCGCAGGAGAAACCGAACUUCAUCUUCAACGCAGAAGAAUAUUGGAGCGCCGAAGCCGGUUGCUGUCUCAGAUUGAGGAGGUUCGUCGCACUCGAGCUUUGCAUCGUGCUGCUCGUAAGAGGCAUGGGGCGGUUGGCAAUCAACGUUUAACUACUGUUGCUGUUGUAGGGUACACAAACGCUGGGAAGUCUACAUUGGUCAGUGCCCUUUCAAACAGUGACCUUUAUAGUGAUUCUAGGUUGUUUGCAACACUAGAUCCAAGACUAAAAAGCGUGAUUCUUCCUUCAGGGAGGAAGGUGCUUCUUAGUGAUACUGUUGGGUUCAUAUCUGAUCUCCCUAUACAGUUGGUUCAAGCUUUUCAUGCGACUUUGGAAGAAGUUGUUGAAGCAGACCUCCUUCUGCAUGUAAUAGACAGCACAGCUCCUAAUCUGGAGGAGCAUCGCACUACAGUGUUGCAAGUUCUUCAACAGAUUGGAGUGUCUGAAGAGAAGCUUCAGAAUAUGGUUGAAGUCUGGAACAAGAUCGAUUAUGAAGAUGAGGAAUUAGAUGCUGGUAGAUAUCUUGAUGAAGGAGAAUAUGAUGAUGAGGCUAGCCAUUCCUCUGUUGAAGAAGACCCCGGAACCAGUAGUCUAACAAGUGUGGAAGAUGGGGAGGGAUGUAUGGAAGAGGGCUUGAAAAUAGAGGAAGAUGAUCCUCUCUCUGAUGGAUGGUUGUUGUCGGAAGAAGACCAGGACAUGGAGGAAGACAAAUGGCUAGAGUCUUUGAAUGGCCAAGAACAAAGCCAUGCAUCAAACGACUUGACCACGGCACAAAAGAUUUUGAAAACACAAGCUGAGCAAGGUCCCCAUCUGAAGAUAUCAGCUCUGACAGGAGUGGGCUUGCAAGAAUUGUUGGAACUAAUUGAUGGAAGGCUGAAGACUGAGGAUGACAAGUUCAAAAGGCAGAGUGCAGUUGAACCAGGUUUCUAUGACCGGAAAUGGCGACCUCCCCGAGAUGAGGAUGCGGACAUGGCAGUGUAA